AUGGAGAUGAAGAGAUGCACGGCCGCCAUCCUGCUGAUGCUUUCGCUCGAGGCCCUCGUCUCCGGGCGCCUCGCCGAUGACGGCGUCGACACCAUUCGCCUCCCGAGCCACGGUCUUGGUAAUGAAAUAGUAACGGCGGUGGCUGAGGAGACGGUCGGCGAGAAGAGCUUCGCCGACGAGGAUCCGAGCCCGCCGUGGAAGUGCUGCGACCUGUCUCGGUGCACAAGGUCGAUGCCGCCGAGCUGCUCCUGCCUGGACAAAGUGAAGAAGUGCGCUAAAGCCUGCAAGAACUGCGAGAAGGCCGUCGGGUCGAGCGGCGCUUCUACCCGCUACAUCUGCCGCGACACCUACGGCAAGGUUGCCCCACCGUGCACCAACAAGACGGUCUCCGACGACGUCCGCCGCCUCUCCACCGGCAGGGAGGAGACAGCCAGCAAGAAGAACGUCGCCGACGGCGACGAGGAUCCAAGCCCGCCGUGGAAGUGCUGCGACCUGCCUCGGUGCACCAGGUCGAUCCCGCCGACCUGCCAGUGCCUGGACAAGGUGAAGAAGUGCGCCAAAACCUGCAAGAAAUGCGAGAAGGCCGUCGGGUCCAACGACGCUUCUUCCAGCUACUACUGCCUCGACACAUACAGCAAGCCCGGGCCCCCGUGCCCCAAGACCAUCACCGCCGGCGUCGGCCGCGGUAACUAG